AUGAAGGUUGUGGCAGCAACUUCCUCGAGCGUGCUCAGUCUCGCGGCAGCAGUGCUCGCUGCUACCGCAUCAUCCAGCGCAGACCCAUCAGCACAGCGUCCAGCGCACUUGGUUCGACGUCAAGCGGCAUCACAAGUGGACGGAAUGGGCGUGGCCCAGCUCGCCAUCUACCAGCAGGCCUUCACCGACCCAGUCGCUGCUGCCAAGGCGGCCAACGCGCAGCCCUACAUCGCAGGCCAGUAUGCCACCGGCAACCUCUACCGAUACAACCUCGCCACGGACAACGGUCAACUGCCUUGGAACACAAACGUUCCUUUCAUCCCCGAAGCAGCGGUCAAUGGAAGCGUCGAUGGAGGCUGGCAGGCUCUGCCUGAGAUUCAGGGCAUGUCGCUCAACCGCACCUUUGCUGCAGCACCGGGUGCCGUGAUGCCCUUCUACCAGACGGCAGGAUACGACAGCUCCAAGAUCAAACGCGCCGUCAUGAUCAUGCCAGGCAAACCGAGGGACUGCUGGAAGUACACUUCGCUCGUACAGAACGCGCUCGACGUAUACAUCACCAACCCUCAGAGCGUCAGCAGCAAUCCGGACGGAUCGCCGAGUGGCAAUGCGAGGACGUCGCAGGACGAGGUGCUGAUCCUAGGUCCAUGCUGGAUGAACCAGAACGACCGUGCAGCGGGUGCUAUCCAGGAGGGCGAGCUGUACUGGCGCAACGGCCAGUGGCAGUCGGGAAUGGCUUCGCGUGGACCCGGCGAUACGGCAGUGUCUUCGUACCAGGUCAUGGAUGCAUUCCUGGAUACGCUGUUCGACAAGACGCAGUUCCCUUCACUGGACGCCGUCGUCGUGGCGGGUCACUCGAUGGGCGCUCAGAUGGUGCAACGGUAUUCCGUGGUCAAGCAGCCUGCUUCGUACGACGGCAACGUGACCUUUUGGAUCGGCAACCCCGGCUCGUACGUCUGGUUGACCAGCACACGUCCCAACCAGAGCAACACCAGCUGCCAAGCAGACUACGACAACUGGGCGUACGGCUUGGACGGCUCGGGCGUGCCCAACUACGUCCGCGAUCGCGUCAAGCACGACAAGCAGAUCGUCUCCACCUUUCAAACCCGCAACGUCCACUACAACUAUGGACUUCUGGACAACGGUCAAGGCGACACGGCGUGCGAGGCGUCGUAUCAAGGAGCCAACCAUCUGGAGCGAGGAUGCCAGUUUGUCGAAUCGGUUGCGGCCUUGUCGGGAGGAAGCUUGCCGAGCACGCAGACGGCGAAUUUCAUGCCCAACGUGUCGCACCAGGACUACUCUAUGCUGAGCUACAACGUUUCGCUCUAUCGACUCUUUGAGGAGGUUCCUGCCGGUGCAAGUGCCAACGGUAGCAGCAGUGGUAGCAGCGGCAGUUCCAAGAAUACCGCGAGCAAGGGCAGCGGUGGAUCGGCUAGCGCUGCGUCGUCCAUGUACAAUGUUGGCGUACUGGCCGCUGCGGCAGGUGUGACCCUCACGUUUGGUGUAGGCUUGCUUUGA